UCAGGGAUGAAGAUGGAUCCCCCCUAAAAGGUCGGAUCUAAAGGAAAGCUAUAGUGGGGGCGGGGUCAUAGUGGCUGGGGCUAUUGGCGCGGGGAUGAAGAUCCGUAAUCCAUAAUUACUGCACAUACAAUACAUAAAUACAUGUACCUAAGGUACCCACUGCCGAUGCCCCACCAGGUCCCCGCCGAAAUUUUGAGAGCAGCUUGAUUCUAAAAUCGUCUUUUUCUUUUUUUUUAUAAGUCGCCGCCAACACCACAUUAUUUUCCGCAAUAAUCCCUUCGAAAGGGACCGCAACCAACCACACAAACAGAUAUGUCUGGUCGCGGCGGUAGAGGAGGCCGAGGCGGCCGUGGCGGUCGUGGUGGCUUCGGCUCAGGUCGAAAGGCCGCGCCGCAAGGCAUGCCUGGCGCCGACGAGCCUGGACUCAUGUUUAACGAGAAACCCCAAGAUACCUAUCCCAAAUCCUACCAUCCCCCCUUAGCCCCUCCCCUCGACGACUCCGAAGCCCGCGCCGUCGCCUCCUUCGUCGCGUUCCGGCGCGCCUUCCACAGCACCCCCUUCUACACCCACCGCCAUCUCGCCAGUACCACCGGCGGCGACGCGGCGACCUCGAAGCCCAGCGACCCCGUGCGCCGCGCCUACGGCCAGCCGCAGAUCAACGCGCGCUUCGCCGUCAAGAACCGCGCCACCCUCGACCCCUUCCAGGCCGUCCCCAUGUACAGCCACAAGUUCGCCGACGAGACCCGCACCCUGCCCGACCUCAAGGCCCGCGAGAACGAGUACGUCCGCGCCCUGUUCCCCGAGGAGCUGUGGGCCACGCUCGAGGGGAAGGACGCCGGCGGGCCCAAGGGCGGGUACCUCGGGAGCCGGGCGAAGAAGGCCGGGGGCGUCAAGCGCAAGGCGGUAGUAGUAGACGGCGACCCGUUCGCUAGCGACGACGAGAUCGGCGGUCUGCACAGGAAGGGACGCGACGACGAGACCGAGGAGGAGCGCAAGGCGCGCAUCGAGGCCGCGAUCAAGGAUGGCGACAACGAAGAUGCUGCGAACGAGGAUGUAGAUCUGGACGAAGAGGAAGAAGAAAUGUCGCAGGAAGACGAUGAUUACGGCGACGAUGAGGGCGGAGAUUACGAUGCGGAGGCCUACUUCGACGGCGGAGAUAACGACGACUACGGCGAGGAUGAAGGUGUUGGGGAGAGCGCUAUGGAUUUCUAGUUCCUUGUUUCCGAGAUCGAUAUCUAAUUGCAUUGGGGUCGGCGUUCACCAGGGAACGGCCUUGUACUCGAUAUAUCACAAGGCCUAUGAUACCAUGGCAUUUUUGGGCAUUUUCAGCACUGAUAUUUGUUAAAUGAAUAGAACUA